AUGUCAAAAGAGGAAAUUGAGAACAUUCUGGCCUCCAGAACUUAUGAAAAUUGGUACGGGCUAGUGGCAAAAGAGGAAAAAAAGAAAAUAGCCGUAGAAAAAAAACGACAAGUUGAAACACAAUCACUAUACUUGCAGCCGAAUUUUACCGAAAAUCAGCUUUUACUGCAUCAAUCACUUAAACGCUUUCCAGUAUUAAAAAAUGGAAAUAGUUGCACUGCACCUGUACCAGUCGAUGGAAAAGCCACAGUUUUAUCAAACACUUGUGCAUUUGAUUCCAUUGCUCAGAUCUUCACGGUUGCAUGUUUUGACGAUGCCGAUUUUAUGGAGUGCUGCAAAAAAUCAAAACUGAUUUUCUUCGAUCUUAUUGCAAGCAUGAGUACCCACCAACUGAAUUACGGCAUGUACAUUACGCGAGCAAAAUUAUUAAAAUCGUUGAUGCCAUUUCAAGAAGGAGAGGAAAUCGACGCACUUUACAACGAUCAAAACUUGUAG